AACACUGAAGCAGAAAGCGCGCAGAGCCCAGCCUGAGCCCAGCGAUUGCGCGGAGAGCUCGUGCGUAAUCCAGACGCGCGCAGAGGAAUGACAGAGAGCCCGAUCCGCUGAUCCGCCGUGGGACACACACCGACCGACGGUCAUGCAGUCCUCCGGGGCGCCGGGGCUGGCUCAGUCCGCCGCCCUGCAGCUGUCCGCGAUGGGCGAGAGGAGCCGAGAGCUGGGCGGCGCGCUGCGGGAGCCCGAGCGGCAGCGGAGACUCCUGCUGGUGGUGGUGUGCGUGGCGCUGCUGCUGGACAACAUGCUCUACAUGGUGAUCGUGCCCAUCAUCCCGGACUACUUGGCAGACCUGCGGGGCGAGCGGGGAAACUCCUCCGCGGACCUGGACAUCCAGAUCGGGGUUCUGUUCGCCUCCAAAGCCCUGCUGCAGCUGCUGGUGAACCCGCUGUCCGGCACCUUCAUCGACCGCGUCGGAUACGACCUCCCGCUGCUGAUCGGGCUGCUGGUCAUGUUCCUGUCCACCUGCAUCUUCGCCUUCGCAGAGAACUACGGGACGCUGUUCGCCGCGCGCAGUCUGCAGGGUCUGGGCUCCGCGUUCGCGGACACCUCCGGCAUCGCCAUGAUCGCGGAUAAAUUUACGGAGGAGGCGGAGAGGAGCCGCGCGCUGGGCAUCGCGCUCGCCUUCAUCUCCUUCGGGAGCCUCGUGGCGCCUCCGUUCGGCGGAAUCCUGUACGAGUUCGCAGGUAAACGCGUCCCGUUCAUAGUUCUGGCCUGUGUGUGCUUGGCGGACGGCGUUCUGCUGCUGACGGUGGUCAAACCUUUCUCCGACAGGACGCGCGAGAACAUGCCGGUCGGGACGCCCAUCCACCGGCUUAUGGUGGACCCGUACAUCGCCGUGGUGGCGGGCGCGCUGACCGUCUGCAACAUCCCGCUGGCCUUCCUGGAGCCCACCAUCUCCAACUGGAUGGAGAGCACGAUGGACGCCUCUAAGUGGCAGAUGGGGCUGGUGUGGCUGCCAGCGUUCCUGCCGCACGUGCUGGGCGUCUACAUCACCGUCCGCCUGGCCGCCCGGUACCCGGAGCGGCAGUGGUUCUACGGCGCGCUCGGGAUGGUGAUCAUCGGGGCCAGCUCCUGCACGGUGCCCGCCUGCAAGACCUUCGGAGAGCUGGUGUUCCCGCUGUGCGGGAUCUGCUUCGGCAUCGCGCUGGUGGACACCGCGCUGCUGCCCACGCUGGCGUUCCUGGUGGACGUGCGGCACGUGUCGGUGUACGGCAGCGUUUACGCCAUCGCGGACAUCUCCUACUCUGUCGCGUACGCCAUGGGGCCGGUGGUGGCCGGGCAGAUCGUGCACAACCUGGGCUUCGUGCAGCUGAAUCUGGGCAUGGGGCUGGUGAACGUGCUGUACGCGCCCGCGCUCCUGCUGCUGCGCCCCGUGUGCCAGAUCAAGCCCUCCUUCUCGGAGAGGAACGUGCUGCUGGAGGAGGGCCCGAGCGGCCUGUACGACUCUAUUCGGCUGGAGGAGCGCACGCUGCGGCGGAAGGGGCUGAGCACCGGCGCCGGUACUGAACACGAGCUCCGCGGGCGCUCGGAGGAGGAGGAGUCGGGCCCGGAGAGCGCGUGAGGCGGCCUGCUGUGCUGCUGUGUACAGGCUCCUGUAGUGUGUAG